AUGGACACUUCCGGAUCCAAUGUCGACCAUAACAAAGUCUUGUUUGGAUCAAGAAGCGUCACUAAGCUUCCUGAUACAAUCAAAAGACUAGGCGGCUCAUCGCCAGUCAUACUCACUUCUAAGGGAAAAAAUGGGACAGCUAACGGCAACAUGCUGGCCAAGAUCUUGACUGAUGCCUCGAUGACUCCCGCCGCUAUCCUCAAUGUGGCAGUGAUGCAUACUCCGAAACCUGUCACUGAAGAAGCACUCGAAAAACUCAAAGCUCAUGCUGCGGACUGCAUUGUAUCCAUUGGCGGAGGCUCUGUUGUCGGUUUGGGCAAGGCUUUGUCUGUUCGCACUGGACUUAAGCAUAUCUGUAUACCCACGACCUACUCCGGCAGCGAGAUGACGCCCAUCCUUGGCGAGACAGAAAAUGGUCGGAAAGUCACUCGUUCUGAUCCAAAGAUCCUUCCAGAUUUUGUGAUCUACGACGUUGAUCUCACAAUGUCAUUGCCAGCAGCGACUUGCGCAUACUCGGGCGUCAAUGCAAUGGCUCAUGCGGUAGAGUCUCUGUACGCCGUCAAUACCAGUCCGGCCAUUUCCAAACUUGCUCUAGAAGGCAUCCAAGGACUAGCAGAAGCGCUUCCGGCAAUCGUCAAAGAUAGCAAUGAUCGAUCUGCUCGUGAAAAGGCUCAACAUGCCGCAUGGCUCUGCGGUGUGUGUCUCGGAACCUCUGCCACGGCAUUGCAUCACAAGCUUUGCCAUACACUUGGUGGAUCAUUCAAUCUUCCUCACGCCGAAACACAUACUAUCAUUCUACCUCACGCCGUGGCUUACAACGCUCCUGCAAUUCCUGAUACUAUGCAGAAGCUCGCAUCAGUAUUACCGGGUAGUGAGGGAGAUGCAAUCAGAGGAUUGAAUAUUCUGCUCGAGAAGCUUGAGGUGUCUCGUUCCUUGAAAGCGUUUGGUAUGCGAGAAGAGGAUAUAGACAAGGCUACGGAAAUCGCUAUGAGCAUGCAGUAUGCUAAUCCACGCGCGAUGGAGAAGGAUGCAAUUUGUGAAUUGAUCCGCAGGGCAUGGGCUGGCGAGCCGGCGAGAGCUUGA